GCACCCAGCAGUUGGCGUGAGGGGCUGCAGGAGCUCAGGGGCCGGUGGCAGGAACAAGCCUCUUCCGACCCCAUGGAGCUGUAUGAGACACCUCCCUACUUCUACCAGGAGCCCCACUUCUACGACGGGGAAAACUAUCUGCCCGUCCACCUCCAGGGCUUCGAGCCAGCAGGCUAUGAGCGGACUGAGCUCAGCCUGAGCCCCGAGGCCCGGGGGCCCCUCGAAGACAAGGGCCUGGGGACCCCCGAGCACUGCCCGGGCCAGUGCCUGCCGUGGGCGUGUAAGGUGUGUAAGAGGAAGUCAGUGUCCGUGGACCGGCGGCGGGCGGCCACGCUGAGGGAGAAGCGCAGGCUCAAGAAGGUGAAUGAGGCCUUCGAGGCCCUGAAGAGGAGCACCCUGCUGAACCCCAACCAGCGGCUGCCCAAGGUGGAGAUUCUGCGCAGUGCCAUCCAGUACAUCGAGCGUCUGCAGGCCCUGCUCAGCUCCCUCAACCAGGAGGAGCGUGGGCUGCGCUACCGCGGUGGGGGUGGUCCCCAGGCGGGGGUACCCAGUGAAUGCAGCUCCCACAGCGCCUCCUGCAGUCCAGAGUGGGGCAGUGCCCUGGAGUUCGGCCCCAGCCAAGGGGACCACCUGCUCACCGCCGACCCUGCCGACACCCACAACCUGCACUCGCUCACGUCCAUUGUGGACAGCAUCGCCAUGGAGGACGUCUCUGUGGCCUUCCCAGACGAGACCAUGCCCAACUGAGGUUGUCUGCCGGGCCGGCGUCCGGGGGCCCACAGGCUGGCCGCAGAUGCCGCCGCUUGUCUAGCGGGGCUGCCUGAGGUCGGCUGUCCUGAUGCCAGAAGCCAGCCUGGCCCCCCUCAGCCCAGCAGGCUCACUCGCCGCCUGGGUUGGGAGCGGAUGCUCUCACCUAGCUGACUGCUCAAGCACAGGCCCGCGGCUCCAGGGAGGUGACGCUGGGACCAGAGGGCCCGCGGUGCCCGGCUCAGGGCAAACCCCGGAGCUUCCCCUUGAUGAUCACUCAGCCUCAACUCCACCCUCUGCAAAAAAACAAAAACCUUUAGAUGAAGACAGUGUCCUGACCGGGACACGCUGUCCGUGUCUCUUCCUGAUGCCAGUGGCCGGGCUGGGCCUGCCCUGAGGGGAGAGAAGACGAGGACGGUCCUCGGUUCCCAGUCCCCGGGGGCCAAGCUUCUGCAGUGGACACUGGGAACCUUCCAGUUCUAUGUUGUUUGUUCUGCGUGUUGUUUGUGACGCUGCGAUCUGACCAAGGUGUCCCGUGCGAAGU